GCUACCACCGCCGACGCAGUGGAGACGCAGGGAUUGGAUUCUUCUGGCUUCAUGCACCUACACCUAUACCAGCAGUGCGACGCCAUACUUCUCCUCGGAGGUAUGGGCGUGGAGCAGUGCGGAAGGCCCGGGCACAGAGAGAUCGACUCGCACGACUGGCAGCACAAGAGGCCGUUGCCGCCGGCUUUCCAGCACGGAACUCUCUUGAUGGCUUCAUGCUGGAGUGAGCGCUACAGGCUGCUGCGACAGAACCGUCUUUCCGACACGGAACGAUUGCAGUGUGUCAACGGCGAUUGGUACAACAGCCUUGGGAAGCCAGGGCUCAACGGUCUGGCUUGCGAAGCAUGCAUGCAGGUCGGAGCUCGAGGUUACGCGGCCUACGACGAGCGGAACGAGCAGGAGCUCUACUUCUUCAACCGUAUGGCCCUGAGCAUCUACACCGAGCUUGGCAUGGUCAAGGAGCUGGAUGUGCAUGCCAAGCAGAAGUACUGCCUGCAGCCAUCCGAUGACGGGAACAUGACGGUCCAAGCAAGCAGUGCUUGCCCCGCCCGUCUGGUGUCGCAGGUCACCGGCUGGGCCGGCCCCCAAGCCCGCCUCUUCAAGCUUCUGGCUGUCACAGAGGACGCCGAGCAGUGCUUGAGCACGAAGGGUGAUACCUCGGGGCUGAUGCACACGAACUGCAAUGCGACGGAUGCUGCACAGCACCUGGAGCCCGCAGAGCUGCCCACCGACAUGUGGGACCUCCACAUCGAGGCGGACGAGCGCACACAGGAUCUCCACAAGCCCUUCUCCUCCUACUGCGGCACCAGCGGAGCGCUGAGCAGUUUGGACUUCGGCCAGCUGUUUGCAGGUGACACAGGAACGAGCCAGACAACCUGCAAGUUCGCGCCGUUGAUUCAGUUCGGUGAGUUCGUGGAUACUGGCAUUGUGCGAUCGAAGACCACCACCAACUGGCAUGAUUGGCACCACCUGCUCGCAGAGAACUACGUUGAAUGCGCAUCGGGUGAAGCCUUGACGGCCUUCAAGUUGGAUGCUGCCAAGAAUAUCUACAAAUACGAGUGCAGCAAGAUUGGUGGCUUGGGCGCCUGCUUCGAUUACUACAGCGCCCAGGUCGAGAUCCCGAGCUUCGGCCAAUCGAUCAACCACUGGGCGAAGCCGAUCCGGAUGAUGCCGGUGAGCUGUGGGCAGAAUGCCGUGCUGGGCAGCUUCCAUUUCGAGUUCUCAGAGGGUGGGAAGUGGGGUCGCGUGC